CAUGGUUGUGCAAGGUUAUAAUUGUCAUGGGUUAUAUUAAUUUGAACGUGUUUACAAUAUUUAAAAUAUGUUAUCAAGAAAAUUUUGUAUGCCUAAACGAAACAAAUCUCUUAUCUGUUAUUAAGUAUUGAAUAUGUGUUAUACCAUAAUGUCCUGUACGCAAUAACACGCACUACCUGUUAAUUACAACAAUAGCAUUUGUGUUAAACAAUGUCCAGUCAAUAUAUUCCAAUCGAGCAACUCCCAUCGAUGGGAUGUCCCAUCGAAGUUCUGCAGAAUUGUACUUCAGAAAGUUUACCAAUAGAAAAUAAGCCAAAUCAUACUGUUCUUUACUCAGUGCCUAUAAAAAGCAAUGUUCCAGAACCCCAUAAUGGAUUACAAUUUUGGGACAAGCAUCAUGUUAAAAUGCCCUUCUCGUCACAAAGUUUUUACACAAUCGUGGUGGAAGGUGUUCCCAUUUCAAAGUCUCGCUGGGAAUUAAUUAAACAGACACUUAGUAAAGAAAUUACUUGUUGUGCAGAACUGGAGCAAGCUAUAUUAGCAUAUAAUCCCAAAUACAAAAAUGUAUGGAAAUUCACAUCUCUCCAAAUUUUAUUUGAUGAGAUUUUAGAAGAAGAAGAAACUAAUUACUUUUUUCAACAUACUCUACCUUCUAUAGUUCAAUUAGCUUUGAAUUUACCAAAACUUGUAAGGUGCGGUUUGCCACAUUUAAAACAGAAUAAAAAUUACUCCGUAUCUCUAAGCCAGCAACAAAUAUCAAGUUUGUUAGCUAAUGCAUUUUUAUGCACUUUUCCUCAUCGCAAUUCUAGCAAGAAAGAAUCUGAAUACAGUAUGUUUCCUGAUAUAAAUUUUAAUAGAUUAUAUGCAGCUGGCUCUAAAACAAAUACACAUGUAAUUGAGAAAUUAAAAUGCAUUUGUCAUUAUUUCAGAAGAAUUUGUAGUGAAGUACCAAAAAAUGUAGUAACAUUUACAAGGCAACAUAUCUCAGCUGCUGGUUUACCAAUUUGGCAUGAACGCAAAGAAAAAAUUGGCGAUAUGAUAAUCCAUGUAACAAGUGAAGGAACAAUUGAAGAUGACGGGCUUAAUAUGCUACAAGUAGAUUUUGCCAAUAAAUUCGUAGGUGGGGGAGUUUUAGGAAGUGGUUGUGUGCAGGAAGAAAUCAGAUUUGUAAUUUCUCCUGAACUUAUAAUAAGCAGACUUUUUACUGAGCAAUUGAAGCCUAAUGAAGCACUUAUAAUAACAGGUUGUGAGAGAUUUAGUAAGUAUAAAGGAUAUAGUAGAACUUUUUCUUGGGAUGGUGAUUACCAGGAUAAAACAGCUUGUGAUUUAAGCAGAAGACGUAAAUGUACUAUUGUUGCCAUAGAUGCGCUGCAUUUCAGAAAUAGUGCACAUCAAUAUAUGCCAAAUUUAAUUGAAAGAGAAUUAAAUAAAGCAUAUGUAGGUUUUAGGCCUAUUUAUGGCACAAACUUAAAUAAGCCACAACCAGUUGCAACUGGUAAUUGGGGUUGUGGUGCAUUUGGAGGUGAUGCCACUUUAAAAGCACUUCUACAGAUAAUGGUAGCUCGAAUAGUAAAAAGAAAUUUUGCUUACUUUACUUUUGGAGAUCAAAGAUUAUGCAAGACGUUAUAUCUAAUGUGGCAAUUUUUAAAAGACCAUGAAGUUACUGUAGGAGAGCUUUGGAAUUAUCUUUGUGCUUUUCACACAUCCAAUAAAAAUGCAGAUGAAUUGUAUACAUUCUUAAUGGGAGUCCACAAAGAGCAUAAAGAUGAGAAAGGUUAUUCAUAUGAAGCAAUUAAAAAUUCUGGAGAGAAUAUAAUAAAAUUAGAAAAUGAAGUAAUUUCUUAUAAAAAGCAUUCUUUCUUUAGUGACAAUGAAGUAGUGAAUCAGGAAAUCAAGGAUGCAAUUUCAUAUGAAAUUAGUAAUAACACUAUUGAUAAAACAUAUGAAUUGAAUGCAAAAGGAAAACGUCCUCUGGAAUUUUCGUUAUUAGAGAGUUUACAGGAAUUAGAAAAAUGUGCCCAAAGCAACAAAAAUUUUGACAAUGCUUCACAUAAAAAAGUAAAAAGCACCAUAUGUAUGCAAAACACAAAUCUUAACUUGACAAAUGACCUAAGUUUUGAAGUAGCUAUUGAUAAACAUCAAAAACAAUGCCAAGAACAAAAAAUUUCUGAUUUCUUUUUAAAAAAAGAUAAAUAAUUCAGAACAAAAAACCUAUACAUCCUUCGGUCUUCAUUAAAUCGUCAGUAA